AUGCCUCGCCUACGGUCGCGCGCACCUCCAGCUCCUCUAACACCCUCCAGUGCCACCCCUACCGCCUCCUCGACCCGCCCACGUCGCGGCACUGCGAACCAGUCGCCUGCUGCUGCCGUCAUACAGCGCUCCUCGCCCGAAGAGACGCGCCAGUCGAUACACCUCACCGUCAAGUCAUCGCCCAACAAGAUCAGACAGGCCACCGGCGGGGCUGUGCCAAAGGCAGGCGUCAGCAGGAAUAACAUAGUCGCGGGCAAACGCGCUUCACGGAGUAGUCGUGUAGUGCAGGAAAUCGACAGCGACGAUGAGGACGAAGAUGACGACGACGACGCCGAAGAGGUCGAUGCCAUGGACGUGGACGACGACUCAGACGAGAACGAGGUAGACGCUGAAGGCGACGAGGAUGAGGACAUGGACGCCGAAGGGGACGAAGACGACGAUAUGGAGGACACACCAGCGCCCCGAAUCACCGUAAACGCGAACAGAGGAAUCCCCGUCCAACCAGCGCCAGCGAUAAAACUCACAAAAGCACAAGACAAAGUUGAGGCCAAGGAAAUGGCCAUGGACGACGACGAUGACGACGACCUCAGCGAUCCCGACUCCGACCUCGACGAGGAAGACGCAGAAGGCGAAGACGAGGAUGCUGAGGGCGAGGAAGACGACGACAUGGGUGUCACACCUAGUGGAGAUAUGGAUGAGGACAUGGACAGCGACGAAGAUGCCAGCCGCGACCAGACCCCUGAUGUCACCAAGAUGACGAAGCGACAACGCGCUCUCAUCAAUGAAGAAGGCGACGGCGCACUCCUGGCACUCUCCAACGAGGCACAGAAGAAGAAGCACCUCACAGCUGAAGAACACGCCAUGCGAAGGGCUGAGAUGGCAAGGCGGAGGAAGAAUCUCAGCGAGAAGAGGAAUGAAGAAGAAAAGCUCGACACUAUCAACCGUCUCCUCAAGAAACAGCCUCCAAAACGUGGCCGCAAAUCUAUGAUGAAUGUGGACGAAGAUGGAGAAGAGAUCGAACACGAGCCUGAGCGCGCAAACCCGCUCUUCACACGCUACAUCCAGAAUGCCAAGGGAACUCAGCUCGCCGUUCCUGACGAGUGGCUUCAGGCUCCCGUUGGCACCAUAUUCGCCGGGGACAUGCAGAAGGGGACCCAGAAGCCAUUCAGUGGAAGGAUGGUUGAGGAGGUUGCUUAA